UACAGCUGACUUAGAGUCUCUUAACAAUCUCGACAAGCUCCUCAAUCAAACCCCUCUGGAGAAUUUGCAACCACAUCCUCCGAAUCCAAGUGUGCAAGAAGCCGCCAUAAGCCCAAAUAUCCUCUUUGAGUGCUUGAAUCUCCCCAGCCUUUGAAUCGAUGGAGCCGUAGCUUGUUGGACCCUACCAAAUCAUGGCUAUCUUAAGUAGCUGCUUGUGUGGAUCCGUGGAGACGGGAUCGCGUCUCAUCGCCCUCCUCAGUUGUAUCAAUGCUGCUUAUAUGACCGUGGCUCCUUUUGAUCUCAAGGAUAAAUUGGAUCAAUUCUGUUUACAUGCCAAUAACUCGAGCAUCUAUUGCCAUUACUCUCAGGAGGAUGUGUACAACAAACUAUUGUUCAUGAAGGUAUUCUGGCUGUCGUGCUCCCUGCUCUCUUCCGUUUUACUUGUGUUGGGCAUCCAUUGUCGCAACCGGUUUCUUCUUUUACCAUGGAUCUUCUGGAACGGAUUUUUGACGUGCGUGUUCCUGUUCCUCGUCACACCUUCUCGAAGCCAAGGCUCGUUGCUCACGUUAGUGUUCUUCGCUUGGACUGAACUUUGCGUGAUAUCACACUUUCAAAAUCUGCGGGACGAAAAUGAGCGACCUCGAACCGCAACUCAUCCACCUAACACUCAUCCUAUUGACGCCCCGGAAAGCUUUAUGGAGGGACAAUCAGAUGUGUUGCAUUCCGGUUAUCCUCACUCGCCACCGGUGACGACCCAGCCUCCUCCAUACGAAGAAUGCAGCGCCGAGGGUGGACUGGCUAACAGCUUUGCCAAACGAGAGACCCCUCCCCCAAGCUAUCAAGAGUGUUCCACAUUUUACCAGGAGUCGGAAACUCCUGCACCCCCUCAUCAGAGCCCCGGAACGCCCAAAUCGGACAGCCAACCCUCCGACCACGAGGCCACCCCGGAGACUCGUCAGAGUGAGGGAAGACCCGCUGAUAAUGCAACUUCAGAUGAAGCAGACAAAUCCACUCGGAAGUAGAAAUCGUCAUGAGUCAAGGAGGACUUAGAGUUCAUGUACAGCAAGUUUUGUCCGUCAUCUGGUUUCACUACCGGAUUGAUCACUCGAACCAAAUCGAGCGAUACAUUUUUCCGCCAAUUUCAACCAAUCCCUUGACGUAAAAAAAAUAAUUCGAUUUUGUCAGUUAUAUGAGCGUUUAUUUCUGAAUGAAUUUCAUGUUAGUGUAGAAUAAACCCGAUCUUCAGAUCUUAACAA